UUUAUUUUCAUUAAAAUUUUUUCUUUUUCAUGGCAUUGAGGCUUUUGUCUUUUUUACAAAUUUAACUCAAACACAAUUAUUCUCAAAUUAAAAUGUUUGGAGCAGGGCACAAUGAAUCCAAUGAGUCCCCGGAUAUUCAGAAGGAGUGGCAUCAGGGACAGAAGGCAGUUCAGCUGCUGGAUUUGCCGAUUGAUGUCUUGGAUAGGGUGAUGUCCCACUUGGACCCUUGGCACCACAAAAUGUGGCGUAGUGUAUCAGAGGAGCUGAAACAAGUGCACAAUUCGUUUAUCUUGCACCACCACAAGUGCUAUGAGGUGGCCCAUCGGGAAAUGCCAAUGGAGAGUAUCAGGGUGCGCGAUACAAGGAUCAUGCUGCAGAUCCUUCGGCAAUCUGUCGGUUACUUUGUCCACGAGGGUGUCGCCGAGUCGCACAUCGUUGACAGUCUGAUGACCUUCCACGAAGAGCUACCCUUAAGUUACAACGACGAAGGUAUCCCGAAGGCUGACCCCCUGACAAGAUUCCUUGGUCGAUUCCUGCUUGACCUGGAGUUAAGUACAGAUGACAAGAGAGAAGUUCAGGACAGACGCCUCCACUAUACGAUGGCGGUUUUUGGCCUUUUGAAGUGGGUAACAUUGCAUUGUUUUUAAGUCUCCAUCUGAUGAGUGUUCGAGCUUGCAGCAAUUCCGAAAAUUUAAAGUCUCUCAGUGCGGCAUGAAGCUAUUGCACUGGCAUCUGCAGGUGGAGUUGGCCAACAUCUGCUUCGGAGGCAUUGACGAGCGCGAAGAUAAAUCACGCUUUAUUGAGAACGUCAAACGAAUCUACUUCAUAAACAUUAUUGCCGAGCUGCUCUUUUAUGAUAAGAUGAACAAAAACUUUUGGGGACACAAGAAUACAGAUAAUUUUAUAUGCACCUAUGGAAUCGGGCCCUCGUCAUCUGACAAUUCGCGACUUUUGCUAAAAUUCGUAGUGUAUGCUCCGAAGAGUGUAGUCGAUCUGCUGCAGGAUGUCAUUGCCGGAAAGGACGAUCCCAGCAAACCUUUCCAAAUGCCACCAGAGUCGGACUUUAGUGCUCACGUCGAAAUCAAAUCUGUGUGUGCCCGCAAAUUCAUGUAUUCUGGCACCUUGCAUCUCAACAUUUUGAGGUUGGCUGAGCUGGUCUAGAUGAACAUCAGUUUUGCACCCUCAUAAAAUAAAAAUCAUUUCCAUUUUGAAUAUCUGUCAGUUUAGCCAAGUUAAAUUGUACCAGUAUUAGGUUUUCAAAUUUCAAAGUUAGAACUCGGUUAGGUGCUCCGCAUACUUCCUUUACUUCCUCAUUCCAAAUGACCAAGAUCAUCGGCAGCUGGCGAUGGGUUUUCUCCCAAGUUCGACUACACUACGAAGUUGUGGGGAUCAUCGCCUUAGUUAGCCUACUUGUGAUGGGUGUCGUGGACUUUGGAUAUUUCUUCUACGGGGUGGACAUCCUCUGGUGGCGCAGUAUAGUGAUGCAAGAGAAGAUCACUCCGCUGACUGUUAUGUUUCACUUAGCUGGCGUCAAGGUGGCCCUCAUCCUGGGACUCACGUUGUGGAGCUACACACGAGAAGGGGAAAAAACGGAUGCACAGGACAUGCCAAUCUCAUAUGUUCGCAGGCGGUACGGCCGAUUCCUCAUGAUGCGACUACUGGCGUCCUUGGACGACCUGGUCUUGCUUCAUCCUCGGUUGGAGGACUACCUUCAGCGGCACAAGGACUUCUGCGAGGCAGUGGAACUCUUCCGCUGGGAGGCCCGAAAACUGUUCGAGCGCAGCGAUCUUCAGCUCAGUUUGCCGCUCCACGAAGUCCUUCUAGUGCGGGAUCAGCAGGAAGAGGAGCUCCUUCGCCGGGGCUACGACGAGCAGUUGCUACAGCUACGGGAGCUGGACAUUCACAAGCUGGUUUUCCAGUCCUGAGCUGGGUCCUGAGGUUCGGGGAUGUUGGCCACCCGCUUUACCAGUUGCCAAACUUUUUAAUUGGGUUUCGGCAACAAUCUUGGGCUGGCUGUUGUUAAUUUCACUUUGCCAACAUGUUAAUUUUAAUGCAGCUCCCGCAUGUGAGUGGGAGUUCAAAGUCCCCAAAGUGCCGGGCCCUCCCUUCAAUUUCGCUGGAGUGUGGAUAAAGCGUAAUUAAGUUUUGGAAUUGGUACGUUGCAUACUUGAGAGGAGCCUGAAACUCUUUUGGAUUAAUAAAAAC